AUGCCUAGAAUUCGAAACGAUCCUAAUUUCAAUGUCUGCCCAGACUACGCUACACUUCCUUAUGCUGCCGCUCGAGAACAAAUCAUGAAUGAACACAUCACUGAAGUUCAGGUGGUACAAUUUCUAUGGAACAUAUGGGAGGCCGCAAACAACACCGAGAAGGCACUGUGGCUUGAGCAAGUUGGAGCUGACAAAGAGCAACAUGACCAACUUUGUUUUCUCCAGGAAGAGCAAGAAGAGAGACAGGAAUGUGAGAAGCUAGAAGAGGAAGAGGCUGUGCGGAAGGAAGAAAAGAAGAAAUACAAACAUAAGUAUACACCCAUUCAAGCUUCUGGAGUUCUGGAUGAGCCUACCAUCAUGCCAUCAGCAUAUGCGAUUCGCAAACUGGACAAAGGCGAAUACAUGGAAUUAUGGUAUUUUACCAACAAUGGUCUUGAUGAGGUGCACAUUAAAAAGACCACCAUUGAAGAGGAUGUGAUGGUAUUAUCUUCUCUCCCUGAUGGCUCAACAGCAUGGGUAUCUUCCACUUCGGCUCGCAAUGCUUCAUCCGUCAUCAACAACAAAGACCUUUCUUUUGAGGACUUUUGUCAAGCAUGCCCUAGGUUCAUAGCAGCCAUAGAAGAAGCCAACUGGCCAACAGAUCACAUCAGAAUGUUAGCGGUUUUUUGGAAAAACCUUCAGGUACACAAAUAUUGUUCAUUGCAGGAUCCAAUAGCACAGAAGACACUACUUGCCUAUCAAGUGGAACAGCAGAAACGCUGGCAUGUAGUGGCAAAAACAGCUGCUGGCCCUUAUGACUUAUCUGCCAUCAACACCAAAGUAUUGGAACGCACAAGAGAUAAGGUCUAUUGGCAAGAACACUCGAAGAGAGACAAUCAGAGAGACUACAGGGUCAGUAAUGCUCAAACAGAACACCUUAGAAUACACUAA